GGGCAACAACAUAUCAGUCAUCAAUGACUGCGAGUUGGUUCCCAAUUUACAAGAUAUAACUUUGGAAGAAGAUUCCCUGACCACAAUCGCAGAUCACGCCUUCAUUUAUUCUGCCAAAAGUCUUCAGAAACUCGAAUUCUGGUUAACUAAUCUGACCUCUUUACCGUGGGCCUUGAUGGACCUCAGUUCUCUCGAGGAAUUGAGUUGGUACAAUAGUCCUGUCCUCACUUGGAACACAACCAUUUUGGCCAGCAUUGGAGCAUCGUUGAAAACUCUACGUCUGUCAUAUCUGACGAUGCCAAACUUUCCAUCAGAUUGGCUUAAGCUACUGGUAAAGUUGGACACCCUUGAGAUAGAUACUGUUACUUUUGGACAGUUGAGUAGUAAGCCACUGGACCCAUCAGCCAGUCACCUUAAACAUCUGGCGAUCUGGGACUCCAACCUAACGAAAAUUCCAGAAGAAGUCGUGGUGUUAAUCCCGUGUUUGACCAGUCUCGAUUUGGCGUCAAAUUCAAUAAGCGAUCUCAACAACCUGAAAGAUUUAAAAGUCCGUCUCAAUUUGUCAGAGUUACGCCUGGACAGCAAUCACAUCGACAAUAUCGGCCCUCUGUUUUAUUUGACUGGUAUUGAGCGUCUCCAGAUAUCUAAUAACAGAAUCUGUGACUACAAGCACAUACCUCACGCCCUAAUACCCAGCGAAAACUCUUUGAGAUACCUAAGUCUCUCCUCUAACUGCCUUACUCAAAUACCCGACCUGUUAUUUAUGUCUGAAUUGAGAGAACUAUAUCUAGAUUACAACAAUAUUUCAACCCCAUCUUCGGGUGUGCUCCCUACGUCACUGACAUACCUUUAUCUAGAGGAAAACGUAAUGACGACUAUUCCAGAAUCUAUAUCAAAAAUGUCGAAUCUGAACACUCUAUAUCUGAGCAAUAAUAAAAUCAAAUCUAUGGCAGACUUUGAGUUCCCGACCUCGCUGGCGUAUCUCCACAUCUCAGACAACGACAUAGAAGUAAUUCCAUCACUACAAUUUUCAAACAACAUUUCGAAAUUAACGACCAUGGAUUUAUCAGGAAACCCAAUCAAAACAAUCGCAGACGACGCCUUCAGGAACCUCCAUGAGUUGAGCUAUUUGAACCUGAGAUACACACCCCUAGUCCGUUUACCCCCGGCUCUGUUGACACUAAACAAACUACACACUCUGUCCCUGCCCGACACUCUCACGUGUUCCUGUGAUGACAUGGCGUUCACGACAUGGUACCAGAAUCUGACAAAUCUGUACGGAAAAUGUAACGGUACUGAUCUAAGUCUUAUGUUACAUCAGCUCCCAAGCCAAUGCCCGGUGUCUUGAAUUGUCAGCAACAGUCUGUCACAUAAACUGUCUGUCAUAUAAACUAUCUGUCUGUAUGUCUGUCUAUCUUUUUGUUUGUCUCUCUGUCUCUUUUUUCCUU